UGCCAUCCCCGCUGCCCGGGCUCUGCCCCCUGCCAGCCCCGCAUUCUCUGUCCCGUCGGGCCGGGCCGGGCCGGGCCGGGCCGGCGUCACCCUCAGGUGAGGGGCGGUGCCGCCAUCGGCCCAGGGGCGGCGCGGCGCGGGCGCUCAAAGCGGCGCCGCAGCGGCUCCGCCCGCCCGCCAUGGACUGCGUGGGGCGCGCUGAGGCGGCGGCCGAGAAGCUGCGGCUCUACCGGCGGGAGCCCGAGGGCUGGCGGGGCUGCCGCAGCACGGGUGAGGUCGCGGUGUCCUGGAGACCCUCGGCGGAGUUCGCUGGCAAUCUGUACAAGGGAGAGGGCGUCCUGGCCGCCAGCCCGCAGGAUGUCUGGGAGUACAUAAAGCCGGUGGCCGGCGGGCUCAGGACCAAGUGGGACCAAAACGUGAAGGACUUCGAGGUCAUCGAAGCCAUCAGUGAUACUGUGUCUGUAUGCAGAACCACAACCCCUUCAGCCUGCAUGAGGAUUAUUUCACCAAGGGAAUUUGUGGAUGUAGUAGUAAUGAAGGAAUAUGAAGAUGGGACAAUGCUGUCUGCUGCCACCAAUGUGGAACACCCUCUGUGUCCUCCUCAACCAAAUUUUGUGAGAGGUUUUAAUUAUCCCUGUGGCUGUUUCUGCAUACCUGUUCCAGGGGAGCCAGACAGGACUGAGCUCCUCACUUUCUUUCAGACGGAUCUUGGUGGCUAUCUUCCUCAGACAGUGGUGGAUUCCUUUUUUCCAUCUAGUAUAUCUGGAUUUUACAGCAACCUGACCAAAGCUCUUAAGGCAUUAAAAGCAUGACAGGACGAAUUGUUGACCUCUCCAGCUGAGGGUAGGAAACAGCCUGUCAGCUUAUGGGUAAAAAAUACAAAGUUGGCCUCAGGACUCUUCUAUCAGCUAAGAUACUUAAGAAAGGAGAUAUGAAACAAUGAACUGAGUACAAUACAUUUUAAAACAGCGUUUUCUACCUGACUCCAUGCAGAACAAUGCAGUCUUAUGUAAUAUUAAAUUCUUCACUUCAAUGAUUAGAAAAAUACCACACCAGAGGCUGGAAAAAUCCCGGAGGCAGCAGUGGUGACUGUCUGCAGGGAGAAGAUGGACAUGCUGGAUCGAUUCUUUAUCAGUGUCUGUGAGGAGAAGCAUUGCUCAAAUCUACUUAGCACCACAGCCAGGUGCAGGUCAGCUCUGUUUGGUCUCUGAAGCUCCCUGUAGAUUUCUGUGGAAAAAUGCUUCUCUCCCAAAAGAUCUAUCCCUUCUGCUGCUAGCACUCCUAGAGCUGCUAAGAUGCCUCAGUGGGUCCAGCCAGUAAAUUGUGAACGCCAGAAAAAAUGGGAUUAUGUAGAGGAUUUCACUUGUUUGUUCCAGCAGACAUCAAUGUUGAUGGUAAAUAUGCCUUAAGUGCUUUUUUGUAAGUCAAGGUCCAGCAGUGCUAAUCAAUGCAUAAGUAUGUGGGCUGGCAAAUAGACAUUCUCCCUUUCCCCUCUCUGCCACCAAAACCAGUGGUUUCAUAGUGUCACGACACAAACUGAACCGACAUAGAGGCAAUAAAUAAAGAGGAUUAAGCACUUUACUUACCAAUUUUUAAAAGGCACAUGAAAUGACCAUUUUGAACCGUAUUUGAAUGUUUUUUUGGUUUCCUGUGGUGAGAGGUUUUAACGGGUAAAUAAUCUUUUCAUUAGCUUUGCCUUGGCAGGCCAUAACGAUGUUGCUUUUUUCUAAGACUGGUUUGCCUCCCAACAUUACGUUGGGAAAUCAGCACCUGGUUUUGUGUGCCAAGGUGUGUCCAUUUGAAGAGGUAUCUAUGGUGCUGGUUGCUACAGGAAUGUUACCAUUACUAUGGAUUACAUAUGAUUACAAAAGUAAAAAUAGUUUUUGAGUGAGGAAGUUAAAUUAAGGUUGUGAUUUUACUGUGGUGACUCGAUUAUUUAACAAGAUUAAUAUGCUCUGCUUUCUGUCCCUGUAUUUUUUUAUCUUUGAUAUAGGUAUGGACUUGCACAAUAAAUUUCCCACUGUAAACCUCAUCCUAUGGACCAGUUUUUCAAGGGAACAGUUUUUAGUCCAGUCUCCUUUGUAUACAAAGAUGUAAAAACUUGUGUGAGUGUGGUGAAAUAAAUAUUUUGUGUGCUAUAUCUUA